AUGUCAUCCAGCUAUAUCUGGUGUAUGAGCCCCAUCUAUCUACAGCCAAAGUUUACCCCCACAGAAAAAGAAGUCCUCAAGGAGUACGGUAACUGGGCAAAUUUCAUGGCGUGCUAUAAUCUGAGCCCCGGGAAAGAUAAUGAUACCGAGACGGCGUUGAUGAUCUUGGACGGGUUGACUUACGAUGUUGAUGAGAGCGAAGAUGAUGAGGAGGGGUUGACGAUUCGGAAGGGGUUGUAA